AUGGUUGCCGACAUCGACAUCGACCUCGACGACAUUCCGACCUUCCCGCCGUCGCAGAUGGGUGUGCAGAGCGGCAUCAACAAGCGUCGCGCCGGCCAUCAACCCGCUGGGGAUGCAGACUUCGAGAUCGUCCACGCCGCCAACCUCCAAGACUCCAUCGAAGCCCUGCGUGCGGAGCUCCUCGAGCAGGUCACGAACACGACGUCCGCUCUCAAUUCCAGUCUCCAAGGGUUGGCCACCAGAGUGCAGUCCACAUGCUCGGCGAUGGCAUCGCAGGUCGAACAACGGCUCAACGGUGUGGAAGUGGUUCAACGAGGCCACACCAAGCAGCUCCAAGUUCUUCAUGAAGAAGUCAAGCUCCUCAAACGUGAGCUCAGCGUGGUCAAGGAGACCCCCAGUGAGUUGCCAACGACCUUCCCGAAGCUCUCGCUGGACUCGGCGUUCAACCGUGCCAUCGACGUGUCCAUCAUCGUGGUCCGCUGCAAGGAGCAGACCGCGAGGCAGCAAGUUCAUGGAGCCCUUCUUCCGUGGCUGGAGCGUCUCAACAUCGAGUCGUCCGAAUGGGAGCUCCAGGGGGAGCCGUCGGACAAGAGGUUCACGAUCAAGUUCAAGGGUAGUUCUCAGUUCGCCUCACGCCGUGUACAGCAUGCCCUCAGCCUUUUGCGCCCGCAGCGUCCUGGAGAAGAGUGGAUGCGCUUUUUCGCUCCUGCGAUCUCAGGCUCUCGCUCUGAGAUCUUUGUCGGAUCGGACAAAAAGCAGUGCCAGGUCAAGCGUGAGGUGGCGCUCAAAGCCGCCAAGAGGACGAAAUUUUUUGUGGACAAGCUGCGCGGCACCAUUUCCACGAACUGGCGCCAGCUCGUGGAGAUCACUCCCCAGGCUGAUGAUGCGCCGCGGAUCCGCUGGGCAGAAGCGAAUCUGGCUCUCGAGAAUAUCUCCCGUGAAGCAAUCGAGGAGCCGCUGGCUGUCGCCAUCCAGGGAGACAGUCAGACCCAGUGGUCUCUUUAG